AAAGUGACGUUUUUGAUGUGUUACAUGAUGCUCACCAAUCGUUAGGACAUGGAGGACGAGACAGAAUGUUGUAUGAGCUUAAUAGUAAGUUUAAAAAUAUUACGCGCUUCGAAGUAGAUCUUUAUUUGUCAUUAUGUGAACUGUGUCAAUUAAAACACAAAAAAAUUAGAAAAGGAUUAGUAGUGAAACCCAUUAUUUCUAGUGAAUUUAAUAGCCGCUGUCAAGUUGAUUUGAUCGAUUUUCAAUCAAAUGCUGAUAAACUUUUUAAAUUUAUAAUGGUUUAUCAGGACCAUUUAACUAAAUUUGUCGUCAUAAAACCAUUAAAGACAAAAACUGCCGAAGAAGUGGCUUAUAAUUUAAUUGAUAUUUUCACUUUACUUGGAGCACCUUCUAUAUUACAAUCCGACAACGGUCGUGAAUUUUCCAAUCAAAUUGUUUCUAACUUAAAAAAAUAUUGGCCCAAUUUAAAAAUCGUUCAUGGAAAACCUCGACAUUCCCAAAGUCAGGGAAGUGUSGAACGGGCAAACCAAGACAUUCAAAAUAUGUUGAUGACAUGGAUGAGGGACAAUAACACUACAAAGUGGAGUGAAGGUCUAAGAUUUAUUCAACUGAUGAAAAAUCGUGCUUAUCAUAAAGGUAUAAAUAGGUCACCUUACGAAGCACUUUUUGGUUGUAAAAUGAAAGUUGGUUUAGAUACAUCAUUUCUACCACCAUAUAUUUUAAAAGAUUUAGAUGAUGAAGAGAGCCUUCUUAAGUUGGUAGAUCACAAUUCCAUUAUCCCAACUAAUCAAGAUGACGAAAAUAUUAUUACCAAUGACGAAGAUAUUAUCACUACGAUCAACGAAGAUAUUUGUAUAGUUGAUAAUAAUAUAAAUACGGGAAAUUCUAYGGACGACGAAAAUAUUACUACCAAUGACGAAGAUAUUAUCACUACGAUCAACGAAGAUAUUUGUACCAGAACUAAAAAAAUCGAAAACCAGCGAAAAGAAGCACAUUGUAAUUUGGAAUUACAGGCUAUAAAAAUGAAAACUAGRUCAAAUAAAAAAUUCCCUCCGGCACUUGUGGGAAACACAGUAAGAGUACCAAUUUCAGAUGUUGAUCGAGGACGAGGAGAAGCUCAUAAUAUUUUGGCAUGUGUUUUGGAAGUUACAGAAGAUGGAUUUUAUCGUUUAGGAAAUAAAACAGGUGUCCUGAAACAACUUUAUGCUAGAUCCCAAUUUACAGUCUGUCAACAAAAUUUUGUUGCUUUAGAGGAAGUAAACCACGAAAAAGAAUUGGGUUUACGAUCUAUUGCMACYYAAGAAGCAACUGGAUCUGGACAAGGCUUUAUUAAAUGUUCAUGUUCAACAAGAUGUCAAAAUAACAGAUUGUUGUAA